AUGCCGCGCGCGCCCGCGCGUAUACGAAAGGGAGGGAGGGGAAGAGCCAACCGGCAACCGUCGGCCUCUCUGCUCUUCUCGGCCUCGCCGGCAGCCGUCGUGGUGCGGGCCAACCUGCUGAUGGGCCGCGCCACCGGCUCCAGUCUUCUUUCGGCCCGCUUCCGGCGCACCUCACACUCUCUCACACACACACCCGUCCCAGCAAAGCAAAGCACCCGUUGCGCGCUCCCGCGGCAGCAGAGCCGGCGGCGCCGCCCUCCGCGCAGGCAGGCCGGGAGACUCAGUUGGGUUGGAAGCGCAGGCCUCUUCACUCGCCUUUGUCUAUGCUGCCAGGCUCGGCUCAUCGGCGGCGGCAGCCAGCGGCGGCGCUCCGAACGCCGCCUGUUUGACGAAAUGCGUCAACCACCUGCCUUAUUCUGCCACAGGUAACCUGAAGGCUGAUUCUGAUGUCGACAGAGCAAGGCAGCAGAAGCCAAUUGAGCUAGGGGAACAUGGCACUCUGGACUUGCAGAAAGGAGGGUGGGCACUUCGCUGCGGUGGUCGUGGCUGCUGCGCACAUCGCCGUCAUGAUUGUGGCAAGAAUUCAGAUUGAUCCCCUGCCCGACAAACAUAUGAGUCUGAUGGCCGGAACAAAUAUGUCACACAAAAAGGGCAAGAAGCUCAUUGCCAAUAUAAGCAUUGGAGCAGCAGAACCCACUGGCAGACGACCAAGCCACAACAAGGUGAAGGAAGUAUCUUCUUCUUCUUCUUUUAAGAAGGAAGUAUUUCAGCUGCAUGGGUUUCAGGAUUCAAACAUCUCAUUCUGUUUAGCUGUGCUUUCUUAGCUCUUCUGGGAUUGUAAUACUAAAUGGUUAAUUUUACUUUUCUUGUAAAUAAUAACAUGUAGAGUGUAUUGCAAUUUAUCAAAUCAUACUGUGGACUUGUUA